UGUCCGAUCAGCUCGAGUGCCCUCCUACGCUUCUUUAGGUUCCUCUUCAUUCUUUCCUGAACUGCACGACCAGACCCUCGAUUCGAUCCUCUCCUCCCGUUUCUUGAUCUCGAAAUCGCCUUUCCCGAUCCUUGGUGUCGUUCGCGUAGCUUGAUUUUCCCCGGUUUGAUCUCGGUUGCGUCUUUUUUUUUUUUGGGAGAAUUCGAGGGAUUUCGGUGCUGUUUGCGCGCGAUGAGGAAGAGGGAGAGGGAGAAUCCAUGUGGCGUCUGCGGCCACUACCACAAGUAUGAGGAGGGGGAGGUCUGUGGAGUGUGCGGCCAUCGGAUGCCGGCGGCGCAGGAGCGCUCGGUGCAACAGGACAGCGCCUUCCCCUCAGAGAUCCUCAAAGAUCUCCUCUAUCUAGGAAGCUAUGACAACGCGUCCAGGGGGGAGCUCCUCAAGACCCUCGGCAUCUCCCGCAUCCUUAAUACUGUGCCUGCAUGCCAAAAUCUAUAUAAGAAUUCUUUCACAUAUCAUUGCCUCCAAGAUGACAAGCAUUUACAAUUUGACGAUGCAAUCCAAUUUUUAGAGCAAUGUGAAAGGGACAAGGCACGUGUUCUUGUUCACUGCAUGUCAGGAAAAAAUAGGUCACCAGCUAUUGUAAUAGCCUACUUGAUGAAAAGUAAAGGAUGGCGAUUUGCUCCAAGCUAUCAGUGGGUUAAGCAUCGUAGGCCUCUGGUGGAGUUGUCGCAAGCUGUCCAUCAACAGUUGGUGGAGUUCGAGCAGAGAAUAUUUGGAUCCAAUGAGCCUGUGCCAGUCCAACCUCUGUCCCUAUCAGAUUCAAUGCCAUGUUUCGGGUUUGGGUAUCCCAAGUCAAUUGGUAAUUCUCCAGUUCCAAUGUUCAAUCAGCCGGGCAUGCCAUCCAUCUUCGAACGCACUGGUCCAAACACCACUCCCAGUAAUUUUGUUUUUGGAGCUGGGAGGAAUACGGAGCAGAAAAUCGUGGAAAGCAGUGCUUUAAAUGUCAUCCCCCCAACUGGGAGUGAAACCCCAAUGGACAGCUCGUAGAGAGUUCAUACAUCCUGUGUGCAUCCUGUGUUGCCUGGCUAGGAGUUGUAGAUGGACGUCUUACUUACAUCUGAAGCAUGGAUAUGAGGUAAAAAUAUUUUGCAUUCCUCAGGUUUUGGUCCAGAUUGUACUUUUAGAAAGAAUGGAUGGGGUAACUCGACUUCUUUUUGUAAUUUGUGGAAUCAUAUCACAGAACUGUAACUCUAUUGUAAUGCUCAAAUAACUCCUUGUCUAUAUCAAUGUUCAUUAUUCUGGAAUUUUUAUUCAAAA